AUGGCAUAUUCUUAUGGACAAAGAAAUGAUGUUAAUUAUUUUUAUCGUGAACCAAAAUGGUCAAAUUUACAUCCAUCUGGUGGAUCAUUAGUUUCUGGAAGAGGACACUUUAAACCUGGAUUUAGAAGUACUUUAUCAGAUUACAAAUCUUAUCUGGAUGAUCCUUUUUUAAUUACAAAGAAAAGCGGCUUUGAAAAUUAUCCAUAUAUGUAUUAA